GUAGUGCCUCAAACCGGAAGCUCGCCUAAGGCGUGCACUAGACUUCCGGGCGAGAGUUGAGCUAGUUGGUAGCAUGUGGGAGCCGCUGUGGAGAGUCGCUGGCGUCUGAGUCCUGCCCGAAGUCGAGCUCCGGAAAUCCGCCGGCCUGGAGGAUGACGUCCUUAGCCCAGCAGCUGCAACGGCUCGCCCUCCCCCAGAGUGAUCCCAGCCUCUUGUCUCGGGAUGAAGUUGCCUCUUUGUUGUUCGACCCCAAGGAAGCGGCCACCAUCGACAGGGACACCGCCUUUGCCAUUGGAUGCACUGGCCUGGAAGAGCUGCUUGGAAUUGAUCCUUCCUUUGAGCAGUUUGAGGCACCACUGUUCAGUCAGCUAGCAAAAACCUUGGAGCGCAGCGUUCAGACCAAAGCAGUGAACAAACAGCUGGACGAAAACAUUAAAUUAUUUCUUAUUCACUUGUCGCCUUACUUCCUGCUGAAGCCAGCACAGAAGUGUCUGGAGUGGUUGAUUCACAGGUUCCAUAUCCACCUUUACAAUCAAGACAGCCUCAUUGGUUGCGUCCUGCCAUACCACGAGACAAGAAUAUUUGUGCGGGUUAUACAGCUUCUAAAGAUCACUAACUCAAAGCACAAAUGGUUCUGGUUGUUGCCAGUUAAGCAAUCUGGAGUGCCCUUAGCUAAGGGAACUUUGGCCACCCACUGCUACAGGGAUCUUGGGUUCAUGGAUUUCAUUUGUAGUCUGGUGACAAAAUCUGUGAAGGUUUUUGCCACGCACCCUGGGGGCUCAGCUCAGCUGAGGGUGCUCUUGACUUUCUAUGCUUCUACCCUGGUGUCAGCUCUGGUGGCCGCCGAGGACAUAUCAGACAACAUAGUUGCCAAGCUGUUUCCAUACAUUCAAAAGGGAUUGAAAUCAUCUUUACCAGAUUACAGAGCUGCGACGUACAUGAUAAUAUGUCAGAUUUCUGUGAAAGUGACCAUGGAAGACACCUUCGUCAACUCACUGGCUUCACAGAUCAUCAGAACUUUGACCAAAAUUCCCUCUUUGGUCAGGGAUGGACUGGGUUGCUUGAUAGUGGUCCUGCAGAGACAGAAGCCAGAGAGCCUUGGGAAAAAGCCAUUUCCGCACUUGUGCAGCGUUCCUGACCUCGUCACGCUGCUCCAGAGGAUCUCGGAGACGCACGACGUCGGCCCUCUCCUGCGCUACAUGCUUCCCCACCUGGUCACUUCCAUCAUUCGUCACGUCACAGGAGAAGAAGCUGAAGAGCUGGAUGGGCAAACCUGCAGGCGACUCUUGGAAGCCGUGCUCUCCAGUGUACCGCUGAAGAGCGGCUUGGACCACUUGUUGGCCAGCCUCCUUUUUGAAGAGUAUAUUUCGUACAGCUCACAGGAAGAAAUCCAUCCUGAUAAAGUCUCUCUGCUUAACGAACAGUUUCUUCCACUUAUCAGACUUCUAGAAAGCAGGUACCCCAGAACAUUAGAUGCUGUGUUAGAGGAACACCUAAAGGAGGUCACAGACGUGAAGAAGCAGGAGCUUUUCCACCAGUUUAUCUCCCUUUCUACAAGCGGAGGAAAGUACCAGUUUUUAGCAGAUUCUGAUACCUCCUUGAUGCUCAGUCUGAAUCAUCCGCUUGCUCCUGUGAGACUUCUGGCCGUUAAUCAUCUGAGAAACAUCAUGGAAACGUCACAGGAGAGUAUUGACGAGUCUUUCAUAAAAGAAGCUGUUUUAACCCGAUUAGGCGAUGAGAGUAUAGACGUUGUCUUGUCAGCUGUGAACGCUUUUGAGGUUUUCAAACAACACUUCAGUUCAGAAGUGACAGUUUCAAAUCUUCUGAAUCUUUUUCGAAGGGCAGAACUUUCAAAAAAUAGGGGAUGGUACAAGGUACUCGAGAUAGCAGCAGGCAUACUGACUAGAGAAGAGGUCCUGAGAGGGAAUGGUCAGCUGUCAGAUCAGGUGGUGGUGCAUCUGCUGCCGUUUAUGGUCAUCGCCAGUGACGAUGCGGAGUCCCCUGAGGUGAAAAUGGCGGUCUAUUUGUCAAAGUCAGGAAUUUGCUCUUUGCACCCUGUAUUAAGGGGCUGGAGAGAAGCUCUUGAAAAUGUGAUUAAAAGCACAAAGCCAGGAGAACUAAUUGGUGCAGCAAAUCAGAAGAUGAUUGAGUUGCUGGCUGACAACAUAAAGUCAGGGGACCCCUCUUCCAUGUUAAAGAUGGUGGAGGAUUUAAUAAGCAUUGGAGAAAAGGAGCCCUGUAGCCCGAAGCAGAAAGUGACCUUCCACGUGGUCCUGGCUGUGCUUGUUUCUUGCUGUUCAUCCUUAAAAGAAACUCACUUUCCAUUUGCGACAAGAGUCUUCAGUUUGUUACAGAAAAAAAUAAAGCAGCUGGAAGGUGUCAUUACUACAGUGGAGAUCCCCUCGGAGUGGCAUCCGGAGCUGAUGAGGGACAGAGGGAUACCCCUGGAGCUGUGGGCACAUUACGUGGAACAGCUUAGAGCUGCCCAGAGCAUGGCCGUGGAGGACGCAGUUUUACUCGUGUUUUCACUGAAAAAUUUUAUUCACGCGCUCAAGCGUCCUAAGUCAUUUCCUGAAGGCGGCGCCUGGUGGAACCCCGAGCGGCUGCAGGAGGACGGCCGAGGCUACCUGCGCCUGCUGCUCGGGCUCUUCGAGGUGGUGCUCGGUGCUGCCGACGCCGCGCACUUCCGCGUCCUGAUGAAGCUUUUUGUAAAGGUGCAUCUGGAAGACAUUUCCCAGUUCUUCAGGUUCCUUUCUGUUUUAUGGACCUACGGCUCCAGCCUUGCAGACCCGCUGAGCUGCAAAGUGACGGCUGCACUGCAGACCCAAGCCCUGUACGUCGGCCGCGUGCUGCUGUCCUCUCAGGAGGCGCCGUGCCGCCACCAGCUGGCGUCCGCGUCGUCGCCAGUGGUGCCGUCUCUCCUCGUUAGUCUGGGGAGCCCCGUGAAAGAGGUCCGGAGGGCUGCCGCGCUCUGCCUGCAGGCCCUUGGCGGAGCGGCCUCCCACUUCCACCUGCUGGUACAGCACUUGGUUGCGAAAGCGGAGGAGACCACCUCAGACGCCACCUACGUUGUUCAGGAUUUGGCUACUUUAUUUGAGGAGCUACAGAGAGAAAAGAAAGUGAAAUCUCAUCAGAAGUUGUCUGAAACUUUGAAAACCUUACUUAAUUGCAUAUAUAGUUGCCCAUCGUACGUUGGAAAAGAAUUGAUGAAGGUGCUUCGGGAAGUCAACAGUGAGACAGUGCUUUCUCAGCUGUUGCCUAUGAUCGAACAACUACUAGACAAGAUCCAGAAGGAGCCCACAGCCGUCCUGAAAGACGAGGCCAUUGCUCUGCACCUCUCUCUGGGAAAAUACAACGAAUACUCAGCUUCCCUUUUACACAAGGACCCGAAGAGUCUCGAUAUAUUCAUAAAAGCUGUGCACACAACAAAGGAGCUUUACGCAGGAAUGCCAGCCGUUCGGAUUACAGCUCUUGGAAAGAUUACGAAGCCGUUUUUUGCAGCUGUAUCAGAUGAAAGGGUUCAACAGAAGCUUCUGUGCGUGUUGUUCGAUUUACUGGUGAACUGCAAAGACGCACGCUGUGCUCAGACUGUUAGCAGUGUUUUUAAAGGGAUUUCCGUUAAUGCUGAACAAGUCAGAAUAGAACUGGAGCCACCAGAUAAAACGAAGCCCUUGGGCACGAUCCAGCAAGCAAGGAGGCAGAAGAUGCAGCAGAAAAAAUCACAGGAUCUGGAAUCUGGUCAGGACGUUGGAGGUUCUUACUGGCAAAGAGUAACCCUCAUCCUGGAAUUACUGCAGCACAAGAAGAAGCUCAGGAGCCCUCAGCUGCUGGUCCCGGCUCUCUUCAGCCUGCUGUCGAGGAGCUUGGAGCCUCUGCCGCUGGAGCAGGGCAGCAUGGAGUACACCAGACAGCUAAUUCUGAGUUGCUUGCUCAGCAUCUGCCAGAAGCUCUCUCCAGAUGGCGGCAGGAUACCCACAGAUGUUCUUGACGAGGAGAAGUUCAACGUGGAGUUGAUAGUUCAGUGCAUCCGCCUCUCCGAGAUGCCUCAGACCCACCACCAGGCCCUCUUACUUCUGGGCGCUGUCGCUGGGAUAUUUCCUGAUAAGGUUCUGCACAACAUCAUGUCUAUUUUUACGUUCAUGGGAGCCAACGUCAUGCGCCUGGACGACACCUAUAGCUUCCAGGUCAUUAGCAAGACGGUGAAGAUGGUCAUCCCGGCGCUCAUUCAGUCUGACACUGGAGGCUCCGCAGAGGCCACGAGGAGCGUGGAGGAGAUCGUGGUGAAGAUCGUCGGCGUGUUUGUGGACGCACUGCCCCACGUCCCGGAGCACAGGCGGCUGCCGGUCCUCGCACAGCUGACUGACACCCUGGGGGCAGAGCGAUUCCUCUGGGUUCUUCUCAUCCUGCUCUUUGAGCAGUAUGUCACCAAAACAGCCCUGGUGGUGGCCGGCGGAGAGAAGGACGCGGUUCUGGAGGCCGACACUGAGUUUUGGAUUUCAGUCUGUUGUGAAUUUAGUGUCCAGCAUCAGAUACAGAGCGUGAUGAAUGUCCUCCAGUACUUGGUGCAGCUGCCAGAGGACCAGGAAGAAACCGCGCCCACACCGGGCCCCGGCAGGAGUGAGUCCCAGGAGGAGCCGCUGCGUGUUCUGGCCGUGGGCGCACACACCGCCAAGCAGCUGCGACACGUCACCUUCCUGUCCGUGUCCUUCAUGGCUCAGCUCCUGGCCUCCAGCAGCUUCCUCAGAAAGGUGGUGGAGAGUGGUGGCCCCCAGGCGCUGGCCGGCCUCGAACAGAGGUUGCUGGAGGCCGUCCUGGGCUACAUCGACGCGGUGGCGCAGUCCCUGGAGAGGAACACGGACAAGCUGACGGGCAAGUUCUGGCGAGCCCUCCUCAGCAAGGCCUACGACCUGCUGGACAAGGUCAAUGCCCUGCUGCCCACGGAAGCCUUCGUCCCCAUGAUCCGGGGUCUGCUGGAGAACCCGCUGCCGUCCGUCCGCCGGAAGGCUCUGGACCUCCUGAACAGCAAGCUGCAGCACGGCGCCUCCUGGAAGCGGCAGACGGUUUGCCGCUUCCUCGAGCUGGUCCCCAUCCUCCUGGCCUUCGUGAAGCGCAGAAGAAAGACGCUGGAGGAGCCGCCAGUAAACAGACAGACAGCCCUGUUCUCCCUGAAGCUCCUGUGCAGGAACUUCGGUGCCGAGGACCCGCAGCCUUUUGUUGCUGUGCUGAGCGCUGCCGCGAGGCUGACGGCUCCCGAAGCCAGGGAGGAGCGGCACGUCCUGGGCGGCGCGCUGCUGUGCGCGGCGGAGGCCGUGUCCGCGCUGCGGGCGCUGGCCGUCCCCCAGCUGCCCAGCCUGAUGCCGUCGCUGCUGACAGCCAUGAAGAACGCCUGCGAGCUGGCGGCGGGCGAGCCCUACCUGCUCAGCGCCCUGGCGGCCCUGCAGAAGGUGGCGGAGACCCUGCCGCACUUCCUCAGCCCCUACCUGGAAGGCAUCCUGCUGCAGGUGAUUCACGUGGAGAAAAUCACCAGCGAGCUGGGCGCUGCCUCCCAGGCUAAUGUCCGUCUUGCGUCCCUUAAAAAGACACUGGCUGGCACUCUGUCACCACGAGUCUUCCUGCCAGCCGCCAGCAAAACAUACAGGCAGAUUGAGAAGACCUGGAAGAGUCACAUGGGCCCGUGCAUGAGCAUCCUGCGUGAGCACCUCGGAGUCAUGAAGAAGGAGGAGCUGGCCUCCCACCAGCCGCAGCUCACCGCCUUCUUCCUGGAGGCCCUGGACUUCCGAGCCCAGCACGCCGAGGGUGACCUGGAGGAAGUUGGGAAGACAGAGAACCAUAUCAUUGACUGUCUGGUCGCCAUGGUGGUGAAACUCUCCGAGGUCACGUUCAGACCCCUGUUCUUCAAGCUGUCUGACUGGGCCAGAGCGGAGGACGCCCCAAAGGACAGGCUGCUGACGUUCUGCAACCUGGCGGACCGCAUCGCUGGCACGCUCAGAGGGCUCUUCACCCUGUUUGCCGGCCACCUAGUGAAGCCCUUUGCUGACACCUUGAACCAGGUGAACAUCUCCAAAACAGACGAAGCGUUUUUUGACUCUGAAAAUGACCCUGAAAAGUGCUGCCUGCUACUGCAGUUUAUUUUGAACUGCUUGUAUAAAAUCUUCCUUUUUGACACCCAGCAUUUCAUAAGUAAAGAGAGAGCAGAGGCCUUGAUGACGCCGCUGGUGGAUCAGCUGGAAAACAGGCUCGGGGGAGAGGAGAGGUUCCAGGAGCGGGUGACACGGCACCUGGUCCCGUGCAUCGCACAGUUCUCCGUGGCCGUGGCCGACGACUCCCUCUGGAAACCACUCAACUACCAGAUUCUGCUCAAGACCAGAGACUCCUCGCCCAAGGUUCGAUUUGCUGCUCUGAUUACUGUGUUAGCAGUGGCUGAAAAACUGAAAGAGAACUAUAUCGUCUUGCUGCCAGAAUCCAUUCCUUUCUUAGCUGAGCUGAUGGAAGACGAGUGCGAGGAGGUGGAGCGCCAGUGCCAGAGGACCGUCCAGCGGCUGGAAGCUGUGUUGGGAGAGCCCCUCCAGAGCUACUUCUAGGACGCGGCUCUUGGUAUCUCAGACUGUUCCGCGUUGAGAUCGUCCAGUUUACUCUGGAGUGUUGAGGACCAUGUUACUUUUGGUGCCUUAACACCUCCUCAGACUUCCUUACAAAACUCCCCCCUGGUUUGUGCCCCGCGCAGGCCCCUCCCGCUGGUUGUGGAGAUGUCACCGAGUAAAGGACAGUGCUGUCCCCGUG